AUGUAUUCAGAUAACACUUCGGACUAUGAGAUCGACAUAGAUCCAUACCAUGGAGACAGGCCACUUUUCAGGAUUAAAUACCGGUCAAAUUCAGUGGUUAGCUCCAAUUUUUCAGAUUCUGCACCUACAGACAUCAUACCCACUAUUAAAGUAUUGGGUACUGGAGGAACCAUUGCAUCUAAAGGAUCCAGUUCGCACCAAACCGCAGGCUACAAAGUUGACUUGACUAUCGAAGAUCUUAUCAAUAGCAUCCCAGACCUUUCCACUACCUGUAACUUGGAAUAUGAACAGGUUAUGAAUGUAGACUCCAAAGAAAUCGGUACCGAUGACUUGUUACAAUUACACAAAAAGAUCCAAGAAGACUUAUCCAAGUACGAUGGGUUUGUUAUCACCCAUGGGACUGAUACGAUGGAAGAAACAGCGUUCUUCUUGCAAUUGACAGUAAACACCUUUAAACCAAUUAUUAUGUGUGGCUCCAUGAGACCAUCCACCGCAAUUAGUUCAGAUGGACCCAUGAACUUGUACCAAGCAAUCUCAAUUGCUGCAAAUAAAGCUUCUAGGGGAAGAGGAGUUCUUGUUGCUUUGAAUGAUAGAAUUGGAUGUGGAUUCCAUAUAACCAAGUCCAAUGCAAACUCUUUAGACACUUUUAAGUCUUCCAAUCACGGUGACAUUGGACAUUUUGUCAAUAACGAAAUUCACUACUACUUCCCACCGGAGAAGCCAUUGGGGAUCACAUAUUUUGAUAUAUCUGGAACCACAAGUUUCCCUGAAGUCCCAAUUAUAUAUGGACACCAGGGCUUAAAUAAUAAGCUUAUUGAAUUGGCUGUAACUGAGUUGGGUGCCAAGGGUUUGGUAUUCGCAACUAUGGGUGCUGGUUCGUUGUCAUCAAAGAGUUUUGAUUUUGUAGGUAACUUGGUUCAUAACAGGAAUAUUCCAGUCGUAUACUCCAAACGUUCACAAGAUGGAAUGGUACCAAAGGCUUCUUUACCAAAGACUUUCCACUCAAGCACAACUGGAGAAGACAUACCAUUUGAGACAAACGUGGCUAGUGGGUACAUCAACCCACAAAAGAGUAGAAUCUUAUUACAGUUGUGCCUCAAUCAAGGAAUGUCCACAAGUCAAAUCAAGGCAUGCUUCAAGGGAGUCUACGGAGGUUAG